AUGUGCAAAAAUAUCUCAGCCACUGACAAGCCCACCGAAAUUUGCUACAAUAUUAGCGAGAAUCUGUCAUAUACGGCGAACAACACUAGCCCCUUGGAAAGUAGCUCUAGUGUUAGCUCUAGUGGACCGACCGACAUGAAGCUUCGUCACCAAUACGAGCCUAUCUAUUUCCGCUAUGAUUUCCUAACCGGGCACACUCUAUAUAUUCUACCGAAGUCCAAAGGUGAUUUACGUGAUCUAAUUCACGCAAUUGGCGAGAGGUUCAAGGGGUCCUCCCAAGAACGCUCACGGGUUGAGGAGCUGCCGGGUAAUUUUAAGCAAGAAGAGCCCUUACACCCUCUAAUCCUUCACUCAGUGGUCAUGUUCUAUAUCCUUUCUUCCCGAAAUGCCGAGCUGGAAAAUUUGAUCAAAUGGUUGCUAUGGAUCGAGACACAACUCCAUCAAGGAUCAAUUUUUGAAGUGACAGGUUCGGAGCGCUUCUCAAGGUAUAUUCAGCUGCUACAUAAGAUGUCGCGGAACUUGAUAACCUUAGAGCACAACAAUCAACGCGACGCAUCGAACAUUAACCACCUUCUCCGAGAUCACGAGCGCCUUGGACGACUGGCCGAGCUUCAUGGAACAGAUCUUGACCACACAACGGAUCAGAGGGUCCGUGACGAUCUGCUUAUGCUGCAUGAUUUGUGCGACGACCGUCAUCGCCGGAUUAUGAAUUUACAAAGAAGAACCAACAAUUUUGUUACACUUUUGUAUAAUCUGAUCACAGGUCAUGACAGCACAAUUAAUCUCAAGAUUGCCACGGAAAGCGCGAAAAUUGCCCAAGAUGCCCGCAAAGAUAGCGUGUCUAUGAAGAUCAUUGCAGGGAUGACGCUGCUCUAUCUCCCAGCCACUUUUGUAUGUAGUCUUUUUGGGACGAACCUGAUCGCUUUAGAUACUUCGACCGAUAAUAGCGAGCCUUUGUUUGUCGUCUCCCAUCUCUGGUGGCUUUACCUGGCAUUCGCAGUGCCUCUGACAGUUUUUACAAUGUUCGGAUUUUUGCUGUGGCGACGGUUUCGUGAACAGUACCCAGGAAAACGGGCGAGUGAACUAGAUGUCUCAUAA